UCCCGAAUCCCUAACCCAAUUUCCCUCGUGACAAUCGAUGUCUGUCUCCCUCCUCCUCCCUCGCACCAUCUCCUGUCCGUCGUCUCCGGCGUCCCUGGUACGUCGCUCAUCUCUGGCGUCCGUCGUCGUUGACCCAGAUCGAGAAGGUGCUGCUGUUGCUGCUGUUACUGUUUCUGGCGUCCCUCGUCCGUCAUCACUGCUUCAUCUUCCUCGUUCCGCUCGCCCUGUCAUCUCUGACGUCACAGCGUUCCCGAUCCGGCUUCACAUCUCCGGCGUCACAGCAUCCAUCAUCUCCGUCUUCUUUGCUGCUGCUCGCCGGCGUCACAGCAUUCUCACUCCGGUGUCACAGCAAUUCAGAGCGAUAGUUCACAGACUUGUUUUGACUGAGAAUUGAAGGUUCAAUUUGCAAGGGAGAAAGGGGUUAACUCUCGGAUUGUUGCUAUGGUGUUCAACGUGUACAUUCUUCUCAUUAGCCUUGCUAUUGGCUUAAUAAUGAUGCGGGUUUUUUAUGUUCUAUACUGGAGCAGCAAACCACCUCACACUAAGUCUAUACAACCUCUCAGUACGCUUAUUGUUUUGGGCUCAGGUGGUCAUACUGCUGAGAUGCUAAAUCUCUUAUCUGUGAUGCACACGGACAGAUUUACACCAAGAUUUUACAUUGCAGCAACCACUGAUAAUAUGAGUCUUCAGAAGGCUCGAUUGUUUGAGAAUUCCUUGGCUGAUAAGACAGGGAUGGUACAAGAUGCGCAGUUUAUGCAGAUAUACCGAAGUAGAGAAGUAGGCCAGUCAUAUUUAACUUCAGUUGGGACAACAUUAAUUGCUAUUGCUCAUGCUCUGUGGCUGAUGAUUAAAAUGAGACCCCAAGUGGUAGUACUAUGCAUACCCAUUUACCUUUGUUCUGUUGAGCAAAUUCUAUGCAAUGGCCCAGGCACUUGUGUACCUCUUUGUAUAAUUGCAUUUAUUUUCAAGGUGAUGGGGAUAAGAUGGUCGUCUACUUUUUAUGUGGAGAGUAUAGCAAGAGUGAGGAGGCUAUCAUUAAGUGGAUUGAUUCUUUACAAGCUGCAUAUGGCCGAUCACCUAUUUGUGCAAUGGCCACAACUACAGCGGAAAUAUCCACGAGCUCAUUAUGUUGGCUGCCUCAUGUAGUUGUGUUUGAGAAUCGCUUUUCCUGUGAGUACUCACUUUGAACUCUUUUGAGACCUUUUCUGACUGAUCAUCAUCUUGAAAACGUACAAUUCCUGACCAUAUGUUCUGUGCUAGUUCUUGAGAGGAAGUGUGGGGAUGUAGACUGUAGUUACUGAUACACGGUUGUUGUAGGUUUAUUUUUGCAAAAUAAGUUGAGUUGUCAUGUAAAGUGACUUUAUUGACUAAAUUCAAAUGAAAUAUGAUACAUGGUUUAAAUUGAGAUUCGCAUACA